UCUCUGCUCUUGGAGAGGGAGCCGGCUCAACUUGGAUCUUCCAAAGUUUGCUUCCUGGGCUAUGGGAGAUGUGAGCGAGUUAAAAAUGCAAAUAACACCGGAAACUCCAGGAAGGAUCCCCGUUUUAAAUCCCUUUGAAAGUCCUAGUGAUUAUUCUAAUCUCCAUAAACAAACACUUGCCAGUCCUUCUGUCUUUAAAUCCACAAAGCUACCACAUUUUGAUGGACUAUUUUGGUCUAUCGAUCAACUGGCUAUAAUGAAUCCUGUAGAAAUAGACCCAGAGGAGAUUCAUCGUCAGGCCUCCUACUUAAGUCAUUCUCGAACAGAUAAAGAUGUGGAAGACAAAAGACAAAAAGCCAUUGAAGAGUUUUUCACUAAAGAUGUCAUCGUACCCUCUCCCUGGACUGAGCAUGAGGGGAAGCAGCCUUUAGAGCUUCAUCCCAGCCAGUGCCUUAAUAGCAACAGUGACUCUCCAAAACUGAUGCUUCCCUCUGAGAAAUGCAAUGCUGCUUGUCAGACUCUGCUGUCUCUUCCUGUGGAUUUUAAUUUGGAAGCCAUAUUGGGAGACUAUUUUAGAGCUGAUGACUCCACGGACCAAUCUCCUGGGAACCUCAGUUCCUCAUCUCUAAGAAGGAAGCUGUUUUUGGAUGUGAAUGGGAGCAUCUCAGACUCCUUGCCUUCAGCUUCUCCUGGAAGUCCUCCGAGUAGUGCUGGAGAAUCUCUUGAGGGACAGUUUUCUUCUAGCCCCAUUCAAAGUAAUGCAAGAAAAUACAGUUUGGGGAGUAUAACUAGCCCACCCGCUAUUUCUUUACCCACUUUCUCACCAAUUGCACUUCAAGUAGGAAAGACACCACUCUCAGAACAGAGGAAGUUUACAUUUCAUUCUCCUGAAGCUUCAUAUGGAACAAGUUCUACCGGAAUCACCAAUCCAAGCAUCAGGAGUCCGUACAUAGAUGGCUGCUCACCAAUUAGAAACUGGUCUCCUGGGAGACUCAGAGGUGGUCCUCAGUACCUGUCCUCACUGAUGCGGAUCCCUUUCACCCUUGAGACUCAAGGUGAAGAUGAAGAAGACAGUGUUCCCUCUGCAGAUGUCUCUCCACCAGGCACAAAUGCAGCAGUGCCCCUUCAGCAGGUGGACUGUGAGACUUCAGCAUGUGGCGAGUCUUUAGUUGUCACUGCCAUGUCUGUCACACAAAGUCAGUCUAGUGCCUCUGAGAAAGAGCUAGUGCUGUUGGAAGACGCUGAAAGCAAGAGGGAAAAUGACACUGUGGAUAUGUUCGAUCCUAUAGACACAGUUGAUGAGAGCACUUGGAUAAAGGAGCCCGUGGAUAAUGGGAAUUUACCCAUGACUGAUUUUGUCAGUGGGAUUGCCUUCAGUAUUGAAAACUCUCAUAUGUGCAUGUCACCUCUUGCAGAAAGCAGUAUUCUGCCCUGUGAAAGCAGCACUAUCCAGAUGGACAGUGGCUAUAACACGCAGACUUGUGGAAGCAAUAUCACUGAUAUUGCUGGGACAGAAAGCUACUGCAAAGAAAAUGUCACACAGUCCUUUGAAGUGGAAAUGAAAUCUCAAGUUUGUAAUACAAAGCAAGACCACGCAGUGCAGAGGUGCUGGGUGAAGACCGCAAGUGCAUCAAAGUGCAGCAGCCCGUAGUCUCUAGACCAGAGACCACCGCUCAGUAGCUCCUGGUGCUUCCUACACAUCAUCUACCGCGGUGGUGACGGGGUCACUGCGUCCUUACACCUAGCUCCCUCCAUAAUGUGAAGAGUCAGUCCGCAACGGAGAUUAGUGACAGGAGCAGGAGCUCCACAUUACGAAGUCACAAGCUUCUUUUUUUUAACCAAUAAAUAUUUUUGUAUUUGCUUUGAGUGGUUUGUUUAACAAAAAAUUAUGGCAGCUGAUGGUUUUCUCCUGUCCUACAGGGUCACUAAACCACUUGUUAAGACUUGGAAUGAUAGUCCUGAAUUUAGCAAAUCUUUGAACAUGAUAAAAAUGUUAAAAUUGAAUGCACUAUAUAUUUUUACAUGAAAACUGUGUGAAAGAAAUCUUCAAAUACAAAACUUACUGAAGAGAUAAAAAGGCAAUAAAAUAGACUCCCAAAAAUUUCAUUUCUGUAUGGAAAUGACUUAGUGUUUGGUAUAACCACUCUAGUUAGUACUCUAGUGAGUGUAAAUGUGCUACUGCCUGGGUGCCAUCCUGUCCAUUGCCAUCUGUGGGGUGGGUAUGUGAUACCACAGUAGUAGUACCGUCAUUCAUUCCUAGGGUGCCCCGCAGAGCUCAGCCUUGGCUAGGGAGAUGAACAGACAUGGGAGAAUCAGAAUCAUCAGGAACAGUGGAAUUAAUUCCUUUUGGGCUUAGAACCAUGAAGAAACAACUGAGAAAAUAGCUAAAUACAUUUAAAAAAAAAUCUGUAGAGAUGGAUAUAAUGUGUUUGGAAAUAUCUAAGACUAUUUUUGUACUUAUUUUGUAAAAACUGAUAAAAUGAUUCAUCAUUAGUUCUGGAAAAUAAAGAUGUAAUUAUUAUUAUGUCAUUUU